GGGGCUGGGCGGGGCCGCGCCUGCGCAGAGGGGCCGUGAUCGAGGCGCUGCUGCUGGCGGACUCGGCCCGGGCCGCGGAGAAGUUGGCGGCGCUGGGCGGGGCGGGGCGGCUGUGUGUCCCUGGCGGCCAUGGCGUUCCGGCGGCGGACCAAGAGCCACCCGCUCUUCAGCCAGGAGUUCCUCAUCCACAACCACGCCGACAUCGGCUUCUGCCUGGUGCUCUGCGUCCUCCUCUCGCUCAUGUUCGAGGUUACAGCCAAGACUGCCUUCUUGUUUAUCUUACCUCAGUAUAAUGUUAGUGUGCCUACAACAGAUGGUGAAGUUGUUCUUUAUCACUAUGGGAUAAAGGAUUUGGUCACAAUCCUCUUCUACAUCUUCAUAGCAAUAAUUCUUCAUGCUGUAGUGCAGGAAUAUAUCUUGGACAAAAUCAACCGGAGGCUUCAUCUUUCUAAGAUCAAGCACAGCAAGUUCAAUGAGUCUGGACAGUUGGUAGCAUUUCAUCUUGCCUCUGUGAUCUGGAGCUUGUAUGUAGUAAUAACGGAAGGAUACUUAUCAAACCCCAAGAGUUUGUGGGAGAGCUACCCUCAUAUUCAUCUCUCGUUCCAGGUCAAGUUUUUCUACCUUUGCCAGUUUUCCUAUUGGCUGCAUGCACUACCUGAACUAUAUUUCCAGAAGGUGAGGAAGGAAGAGAUUCCUCGUCAGCUCCAAUAUAUCAGCCUCUAUCUGGUACAUAUAGCUGGAGCAUACCUCUUAAACCUCACACGCCUGGGAUUAAUCUUGCUGUUACUGCAGUAUGUGGCUGAAUUCCUCUUCCACAUGGCUCGCCUUUUCUAUUUCACAGAUGAAAACAAUGAAAAAUUGUUCCAUGCAUGGGCAGCGGUGUUCGUCAUCACCCGGCUUUUUACCCUUACCCUUUCUGUGUUGGUCAUUGGUUUUGGGUUGGCUCGGGCAGAAAAUCAAGCAUUUGACCCUGAGAAAGGAAACUUCAACACUUUGCUUUUCAGGAUGUGUGUGUUGCUUUUGGUGUGCUUCUCACAGGCAUGGAUGAUGUGGCACUUCAUCCACUUCCAGCUACGGCGCUGGCGGGAGUACUGGAAUGAACAGUGUGCUAGAAAAAGAAUUGCAGCAACUGUCUCUGCCAAACAACAACUGAAGCCCAUGAAAAGGGAGUCUGGCUACCAUGAAAAUGGAGUUGUAAAAUCAGAAAAUGGCACCUCACCACGGACCAAGAAACUCAAGUCACCUUAGAGCCAAAGCACAUCUUGCAAGGGAUAUUUGAAGAAAUGAGGGAGAAUGCAAAAUUGAAGACUUUGAGAAUAAGGAACCUAUUUCUUCUGUCUGUCCUUCCAAGUUCCACCUCAGAUAGCUUAAAGACACAUUAUGGAAAUAUCUCAUUUUCUCUUGCCAGAUAGUUUGCAAAAACCAAAACCUUCUCAUCUUGUAGUGGGGUUUAAGAACACCAAACACUUCCUCCAUCCUGAUGUACUACCUUAUUGUAUAUUUUUCUCUUAUCCUUCAACAUAUUUUUUCUUGUUUUCCUGUUUUCCAGAUUUUUGGUCAACAAUUUAUUUUUCCAGAAAUCUAUUCCUAACUCCUUUCACCACCCCCACCCAAUUCUGAUUGCAUCUAGCAAUGCUUCCUAUUUAAGAGAGCAAUUUUUUAGGAUAUUCCAGGCCUUACGAACAAUGAUAAAAAUAUAUAUAUGCAAAGAUCAGUAUCAGAGAUUGGAAUAGUAACUUGUGACUCCUGUUGAAUUCUGGAGAGUUAAGCAAAUGCAAAGGUCUUAUAUUUCAUAUGCUUUUUCUGCCUAGCACAAAAUAGAUUUACUAAUGUCUUAGCAAGAAGGGAAUUCCCUUAAAACAACAACAUAGUGACCUGCUGGUCUAACAGCUUAGUAUGUGUGUGACAUACUUUCCAUCCCUACUAGCCCAGAGAAUUUUGCUUAACCUGUAGUGCCUUAGUGAAGGGAGCAGUUUUCCUUAUUUAACAUGUGGACAGCUUCCUUAAAAUGUUUAUUCCUAUGUAGCAGAAUUCUUUAAUGAACUGCUGGUGUGAUCUGCAUGCCUGGCUCUAUCCAAACAUAGGACAGCAAUAUUGUUGUGCAUAUAGUGCAGCCCUAUGCAUAUUUACUCAGAAGUAUAUCCCACAAUAUUCAAAAGGGAUUACUCCCUAGUAAUUGUCUUCAGGACUGCAACUUCUGGCUUUAUUUUUUCCAUUUCUCCUUUUUCAUAAGUUUUGCCUAAGGGGAACUGUGACCGCUGAUAUUCUUUUUCUCCUGCUUAUUACAUGGGUUUUUUCUAUGGUGGAUGCCAGGCAGCCCAAUUCUUAACUCCUUAAUAAUUUGACUGAAUUAUGAAUGUAACGAAGGAAGCUGUUAAAUAAGGGGGAAUUUCUCCACCCAUUUAGUCAUUUGCUCUUAAAAGCUGGUGGUUGGUGUUAAAUAUAAACUCUACCUCAGAGGCCA